AUGCCCCCUUCCCACACCCCCAUGCCCCCUCCCCACACCCCCAUGCCCUCCAUGGUGAGGGCUUUGUGGUGGAAUGUGGGGCGUACCAGAGGUAGAGUGGUUGUGGAGGAGGAGGACAGCAGCAUGGACGGGACGGAGGCAGCCGCCUCAGAGAGCCCCCCUCAGGACACAACAGAUACACCAACCCAGCAGCCGGUGGAGAGUGUGGAGGUGGGGGCCACUGAAGGACCAGGGGAGGGGGAAGAGAAGCCCUCUUCUCCCCAGGUCCAGAGCCCUCAGACUGGUGAAGCAGCGGAGCUUUCUGGUUCUAUCACCAACAAAGGAGUUAAAAGCAGUGAGCAGCUCUGUGCCUUCUGUUACUGUGGCGGCCGCAGUCUGCUGGGUCAGGGGGAUCUCCGAGUGUUCGACUCCUCGCCUGGACACGAGCGCAAUGCGACAGGAGGAGGAGGAGGCCAGGCCAACGACCACAGCAAGGCCAGCAAAGGAUACGGCAGAGAUGACAGCGGUGUUGACAGAACCACUCAGCCCAGCGAUGCAGCCGGAGAUGCCAGCUCAGGACAGAGGGGCACACAGAAUGGAGCUGAGAGCCAUGGGGAGUUACCAGACCCAGAGAAGGCCAGCAGGUUGUGGGAUGAGCUGGCUCACGUGGGCCUCCCAGGAGAUGUGGACGUCCAGUCUUUCUUUGAGGAGUCGGGGCAGUGCUUGGCGCAUCACUCUUGUGCGUUGUGGUCACAGGGUGUGUGCGAAGGCGAGGGACAAUCACUGCUCAACGUGGACAUAGCCAUCGACUCAGGGAGCACAGAGCACUGUGCAUACUGUAAACGCCUUGGAGCCUCCAUCAAGUGCUGUGCUGAAGGAUGUGCUCGACUGUACCAUUACCCCUGCGCGGGGGCGGCUGGGACUUUUCAGGAUAUCAGGAGUCUCUCCCUCCUCUGUUCAGAUCACAUAGAACUGGCCAUCAGCAGAUUUCCAGACGACUCUAUCUGUGCACUGUGUGACAGCCCCGGGGAGCUCCCUGACCAGCUCUUCUGUACCAGCUGUGGGCAGCACUACCACGGGGCCUGCCUGGACAUGGCUGUGACUCCGCUGAGGAGGGCCGGCUGGCAGUGCCCCGAGUGCAAGGUCUGCCAGACGUGCAAGAACCCGGGUGAGGACGAUAAGAUGUUGGUGUGUGACAUGUGUGACAAAGGCUACCACACCUUCUGCCUGCAGCCGGCCAUAGAUGACAUCCCUACCAACGGAUGGAGGUGUCAGAACUGCCGAGUGUGUAUCCAGUGUGGUACAAGGACGAGCGGUCAGUGGCACCACACAAGCCUGCUGUGUGAGAGCUGUGUCCAACAUCAGGACCCCGCCCUUACCUGUCCACUAUGUGCCUGUAUCCUGGACCCUGAGCACCAAAAAGACCUGCUCUCCUGCCACAGCUGUAAAAGAUGGCUCCACCUGGAGUGUGAGCGCCAGUCGUCAGGCCAAGCAGACAUCCAGCCCAGCCAGGGCUAUGUGUGUUCAAGCUGCAGGCCUACUGGAUCACCACCACAACAGGCCCCACUGCAGGCAGAGGAGGAGGCAGAGGAGAUGGACACAGGAGGCCUAGAACUGAGCCCACAGGCUGCUAUUCAGAUGCACACAGAAUCAGAACCGGUUGUUCCAACGCACACGGAUCUAGAACCUGGCGCUAAGCAACUGAGGUCUCCUUCUCCAAUGCACAACGACCCAGAAACGCAAUUACAACCCGUUCCAAUGCCCACAAAUGCAGAACCAGAGCCUAUCCAAGCCACCAACACUGUCUGUGAGAACGCCCUUGAUGAUAGGCAGCCACAGCAGGCUACAUCAGACCAGCAGCCUGGUGUGUCAGUGGAAGCUGCUGCUGUUGAGGGGGUGGAGCAAGAGACUGAGGUGUCUGUCAACAAAGACCGGAGCCAAUUACAUACAGAAAUGCAACCAGCAGCAGAGACCCUGAUCACUUCAAAAGAGAGUCCUGAGUCUCCCAGGUUGAACAAGCAGGAGCCUGAGCAGCCCAUACAUCUGCCAACCCAGACUCUAGCAGAGCCAGAGCAGCCACAGGAUAUGACAACAGGAAUGACCAAGUCAGCAAACACAGACCCCUCUUCUGAAAAGAGGGUGGUCAAACCCAGACCCAGCACAGAGGACAUCAAGGCCUUGACCCCACCCACCACCACCACCACCAAAGAACCUAGUACUGCAUCCGUAACCAUCAAGAAAGAACCCAUGGAGGCCUCAGCCUCUGAGCCUUCAGAAGUGGAACAGGUUGAAGGUCCUUCAGGUCUGGAGACUGCAGCAAAGGAGGCUUGGAGGGAGAAACAAAUGUCUGGGAUUCUGACUGAUGGGGUUUCGACGGUGGCCUGUGCCUUGGAAGAGAUGGACACCACCCCUGAGACUGAGAGCAAGCCUAACCUUUCCCGCCUCAGCCCCCCCAUCAAUGAUAAGCCCUACAAGACAUCUAUGGAAAGACUGGCAGAGAUGGCUGCCUCCCCUACCCACUCCUCCCCUAGGAACAGGGGUCCCUCUCCCAGGCAGCCUCCCCAGCCCCACCACCCCCACCCUACCCUGGGGGAAAACGGCAGCAGCUUCUCCUCCACCACCCUCAUACCACUCACCCCUAAGAUUGGCAUGGGCAAGCCAGCUAUCUCCAAGAGGAAGUUCUCCCCAGGCAGACCCAGGGUGAAGCAGGGCGCAUGGCAUGGGAGCCCCCAUAGCAGUGUGAGCUCUCCCUCCUGGUCCCCAGACCAGCCAGAGGGGUGGGACGUCUCAAAUACCAGGCAGCUCUCCUCCGGCUGCGGUAGCCCCGGGUGGAGCAUCCGAGUGGGUCGAGGGUCAGGCUUCCCUGGGAGGAGGCGACCCAGAGGGGCGGGGCUGUCGGGCAGAGGAGGGCGGGGCCGAGCCAGGGGGAAGAACGGAGCCAGUCCCACAGUCAACCCGGGGGUGACCUCCAUGGAAUCACCAUACCAGGUAAAGGAAGAAGAGGAGAAUGCCAUGCAUAACACUGUGGUCAUAUUCUCCAGCAACGACAGUUUCACAUUGAAACAGGACAUGUGUGUGGUGUGUGGGAGUUUUGGUCUGGGUGCUGAGGGUCGUCUCCUGGCCUGUGCCCAGUGUGGGCAGUGCUACCACCCAUUCUGUGUUGGCAUCAAGAUUACCAAGGUGUUGUUGAAUAAAGGCUGGCGCUGUCUGGAGUGUACGGUGUGUGAAGCGUGCGGCCAGGCCACCGACCCGGGCCGUCUGCUGCUGUGUGACGACUGUGACAUCAGCUACCACACCUACUGCCUGGACCCUCCGCUGCAGAACGUUCCCAAGGACAGCUGGAAGUGCAAAUGGUGUGUGUCCUGUACUCAGUGUGGUGCCACCUCGCCAGGCCGGAGGUGUGAGUGGCAGAAUAAUUACACCCAGUGCGCCCCCUGUGCCAGCCUGGCAACGUGCCCCUUCUGUCUCCAGGACUACAGCGAAGGCGAGAUUGUGGUGCAGUGCCGCCAAUGCGACAGAUGGAUCCAUGGUUCCUGCCAGGGUCUCCAUGCGGAAGAGGACGUGGAGAAAGCAGCAGACAGCAGCUUUGACUGCACCAUGUGCCGUGUCCACAAGACCUCCAAGGUGUCCAAGGCCAGAGACUCCAUUGAGCCGGCAGUUAUGACGCAAGUUGUCACAAAGGCUAAAGAAAUGGACUUGGCGAGAACGUACACUCAGGACGGUGUGUGUCUGACGGAGUCGGGCCGGUGUCAGCUCCAGAGCCUGUCGGCCCCUGCGUCGCGGCGUAGGAAACCCAAGCCCAAGCUGAAGCUGAAGAUAAUCAACCAGAAUAGUGUAGCGGUGCUGCAGGCCCCCCUGGACCUGCUGUCAGAACACUCCCGGGACGAGGACAUGGAGGACCACAGAGAGACGGACCUCUCUCUGGACUGCGAGGGGAAGUCUGACUCGAGCCCGGAGCGAGAGCCAGCAGAAGACAAGUCCAAGGGGGCCGACGACAGCAAGAAGAGGAAGAGGAAGCCGUACCGGCCGGGCAUCGGUGGCUUCAUGGUGCGCCAGCGGAGCCGUCCAGGUCAGGGCCCAGGCAAGGCCAAACAAUCCCUGAGCAGGAAGGAUUCCUCUGGCUCUGUUUCUGAACCCCCCACAGGAAAGGAGGAGGGCUGGGGAGAGGUGCUGCCUGACACCCCUUUGGAACAGACUCCCCCUGGGCUAGAGGCCCCAGAGAAGAUCAAGAAACGCUACAGGAAGAAGAAAACCAAGCUAGAGGAGGCCUUUCCCACCUACCUGCAGGAGGCGUUCUUCGGUAAGGACCUGCUGGAUAAGAGCAAGCAGAGCAGGCAGCAGGCGGUGGAGUCUGGCCUAAUGGAGGAGGGCCAAGCAAGGGCCGGAGCCGCGCCCCAGAGGGACAGGAAGCAACCCACCACCAGCUUCCUGGACCCCUCCUCGGACCCCCUCCUCAGUGUGACCUCGGGCACGUCCAGACCCACCAGACCACCAGGACCUCAACCUCUAGUGGAUCUGUCUGAGGUUCUCAACACGGAUGCAGAUCUCCUGGGAAUGCUGGGGAAACAGACAGGUGACUCUGCUGGUCUGGACAUUGGACCCCUGACAGACAGCUCCCCAGCACAGUCUCAGUCCGGCCGGAGGCCACUCCGUACGCUCCCAGAUGAACAUCUGGACGGGAUCCUCAGUCCAGAGCUGGAGAUGGUUGACGAAUCGAUUCUCAGCAAACUCUACAAAAUACCAGAGCUGGAGGGGAAGGACGUGGAGGACCUGUUCACUGCCGUCCUGAGCCCCAGCCAUCCACCACAGCUGCCUCACCCCCACUGCCCACCUGGAGCCAGCCUGACACACCCUCAUGCAGGGAAUGCCAUGUUUCCACGGAUGCCAAUGAUAAACGGGCUGAUGGGACCUAACCAACGAUUCCCUCUGAAUCCGUCCCAUCCCGGAGCAGAUCCAUGUAUCCCAGAUAACUUCUCCCCCCUCCACCGCAUGCCUUUCACUGAUAAUCCAAGGGACAGGAAGUUUAAUCAGAUGGCCAGAGAGGCAGUGGGUUCGUGGCAGGGGGGUCCUGGUCCUGUCCACGGUGGCCCAGGCCCCACCCCUCUUCCUGGGGCUGAGGGGGGCGAGGCGGAGGCCAUGUCCAAUGCCCAGAGGAGCACACUGAAGUGGGAGAAGGAGGAGACUCUGGGGGAACUAGCCACUGUGGCCCCUGUCCUCUACACCAAUGUCAACUUCCCCAGUCUCAAGGAUGAGUUCCCAGACUGGUCUACAAGAGUCAAACAGAUUGCAAAGCUGUGGAGGAAAGCAAGUUCGCAAGACAGGGCCCCGUAUGUGCAAAAAGCGAGGGACAACCGGGCUGCUCUGCGCAUCAACAAGGUUCAGAUGUCCAACGAGAGUCUGAAGAGGCAGCAGUCGCAGCAGCUGCCGCUGUCCCAGCUGCCCCCGGCCUCACUGCAGCCUCCCGACGAGGUGUUUGACCCCAACAUACCGCUAGACACAGACUUGCUCUUUAAGGACCCUUUGAAACCCAAAGAGUCAGAGCAUGAGCAAGAGUGGAAGUUUAGACAGCAAAUGAGACAGAAAAGCAGGCAGCAAGCCAAGAUCGAAGCCACCCAGAAGCUGGAGCAGGUGAAGAAUGAGCAGCUGCAGCAGCAGCAACAGCAGUCAGGCAGCCAGUCGGAGGGAGACGGUAACAACAGCGGCAACCAGAGUCCUUCCUCCCAGCACGGCAGCAACGGCAGCAUGUCCCCCAUGCAGCACAGCACCGGGGGGAAAGAGGGCUUCAUCCAACGUCAACUCCCAGGGACGCCCACCUCGGGGCCCCCUGAAGAUGUGUUCCUGCGGCCCCCUCCUCCCCCUCCUUCAGGGGGGUCCUCUCAGCCCCAGUCCCCCCAGGUGUUCUCCCCUGGCUCAUCCAGCUCCAGACCCUCCUCUCCCUGGGACCCCUAUGCCAAGAUGGUAGGGACUCCCAGACCUCCAACUCUGGGGCCCAGCGCGUGUCGCAGGAUGUCCAUGGAGUCUGGCAAGUCUCCCACCUCUUUGAUGGAGCAACAGGACAGAGGGAGGCUCACGUCUCCGGCUCAUGAGGCUUUCGGCUCCCCCACGUCUAUGAGUAGGGAGAUGGAUCCCUAUGCCAAGCCGCCUGACACCCCCAGGCCUGUUGCUGGGGACAUUGACCCCUUCCUAAAGCCUAUGUGCCCACCCAGAGUCAACCAGGGUCCCCAGGGAAGGCCCCUGAUAGGCUCUCCAGUGCGUGGAGACCCUUACUCUAGACCCAUGAUCCGCCAAGAGGCCUACCAACGGAUGGCUCAGAACAGGAUGAUCCUGUCAGACCCUUAUUCCAGACCUCUGUUAGCUCCCAUCCCGGGGAGCAACGAGCAGGGCUCAGUCCCUCAGUCUUUGUUCAAGACCCCCAUGCCUCCACCCCAGGCCCAGGACCCCUUCAACAGACCAAUGCCUCAUCCCCCAGACCGGUUCUCUCAGCAGGGAGACCCCUACGCUCAGGCCCCUCUGACCCCUCGACCUCAUGAUAGCUUCACCAGUCCACCGAGGAUGGCCCAGCACCAUACCCAGGGCCACCCCUUCCCCCAGCCCGGCCCAAUGGCACAGUUACCCAACCGAAACCCUUAUGCCCAUGCUCCCUCUACUCCAAGGCCCGACCACUUCACAUAUGACCCCUUUGCCCAACCCCCAGGACCCUCAUCAGACCCCUAUGCUCAGAUGCCAGGUACCCCUAGACCUAUGAAUGACCUUAUCAGCCAACUUCCUGGAAACAGACCAUUCUUUGAGUCCGGCUAUGCUCGACCUCCAGGCACUCCUCGUCCAAACGACAACUACAGCCAAUCCUCUGACACUUAUUCCCAGCAACCCAACACCCCUCGCCCUGGUAUGAACCAUUUCCACCACCCUCACCCACACCCCCAGCCCCCCGGUCAGAGGAUGUCCCCCGGGCACUCCAUGGAUCCCUACACACAGCAACCUGGAACCCCUCGGCCCCCCAGGUUCUCAAAGUCCCCAGGCAGCCAGCGACUAGCCCCCAUGGAUCCCUACGCUAGUCAACCUGGAACACCCAGGCCUUUGAGCAGUGACAUGUUCUCCCAGACCCCCAGGCCUAUGCUGAAUGACCCGUACGCCCAGGCUCCAAGCACCCCGCAGCCAGGGAUGGGUUCUGACAGGCUGAGCAGACUGCAGGGGCAGAGGCCUGGUCCCAUGGGGAACCAGGAUCCCUUCUCCCCUCCUCAAAGCGUUAGGCUCCAAGAUGCUCCCUUUCCACACCCUGGGUCACAGACACCAAAGCAUCACGGUGGGAUAGCCGAUGAGGGAUUUUCUCCGCCGCCGUCCAGACGGCCCAACCAGACACCUAUCCAUGAUCCUUACGAGCAGGCACCCAUGAACCCACGUCCACAGCCAGCAGACAGACCAGAUAUGAAGGAGCAGCAAGGCCAGGACCCUGGAGGACAGCUGCAAAACCCCUCCCAGAUGCCUGGAACCCCUUCUGAGGUUCAGAGUGUUUCUCUGGCCGACAGUGAGGAGAGACUCAAACAGCGUCAACGCAUCCGAGAGCUGAUCCUGAAGCAGCAGCAGCAGAGGAGUGCCAUCCGCCAGGAGAACGCUGGUAUCAUGGCCCCUGGCCCUGGGACACCUCGACCCUGGCCACACGAGGGCCACGGACAACAGGGCGAGAUGUUCAGCCGGCCCCCUCCACCUUACCCUGGGCCGGGCCCCAUGAGCGGACCAAUGAGGUUCCCUGGAUCUGGACCCUUCCCAGGGGACCAGCGAAGCCCUUUCCCUAAUGAGAGCCAGUUCCCCAUAGGACAAUACUCGGGUGAUCCUAAUAUCAGACAUCAGGGGCCAAGGUUUGCAUUUCCACCUGGUGGGCCGGGACCUCAUGGUAGCCAGGAGUUCUUCCCCAGAGGCCCUCACCCCAUGCAGGACAUUCACCCGGGGAUGAGACGCUCCAUGUCUGUAGAUAUGGCCAAGUCCAUGGGGGGCAACCCUAUGGGGCUCCCCCAGCAUUUCCCUCCUAGCGGUGUGCCAAUGCAACAGCACAACAUUAUGGGCCAGCCUUUCAUCGAGCUGAGACACAGAGCCCCUGACAGCAGGCUUCGUCUCCCUUUCGGGUCCUCUGGCAUGCAAGGGAACAACAUGGAUCCCGACCUCCAGCCCCAGAGGCCUCCUGGUUUCAUGGGAGGGCCUGAAUUCCGGUUGCCUCCAAACCAAGGCCCCAGGAUGAUGAUGGAGUCAAUGGGGGACCAGCAGAUGAGCCAAGGCCAGCUGUCCUCCAACAUUGAGAACCUCCACCAGCAUCAGCAGGCCCAGAUGCAAGGGGGAGCCAUGCCAAGGCAAGCCCAGCUAAUGAGGUCCAUGAGCCAGCCUGCUUCGAACAAGACCCAGGGUAUGUCAGCUCCUUCCAUGAUGAUACCUGGGCCUUCUGCUGGGAAGAGUGAUGGUCAGGGAGGAGUCUCCAUGGCUAACAACAAUGAUGGAGUGGACGACAAACUGGACACAGUCGAAUCGGCCGUCAAAGACCUGGAAGAUGUUGAGGUGAAAGACCUAGUCGAUGCCGAUCUGGACAACCUAAAUCUGGAUCCGGAAGAAGACGGCAAAGACCUAGACCUAGAGACCAAUGACCUGCACCUGGACGACUUCCUGACGUCGGGGAAGUUCGACAUCAUUGCGUACACGGACCCCGACCUGGACGACGUCAAGAAGGACUUGUUCAAUGAGGAACUGGACCUUAAUGACCCCAUGGAAGACCACAGCGACGCCUGUGACUUCCAGAAGGCCUUGUCUGAGAAGAGGAGUUCUAGCUGUGGCGGAGCUGCAUCUUCCUUCUCCAAUUUGACGUCUGGAAUGGGGAAGUCAGAGGGAAUGGCCGAGAAGACAGCUGAUGUGAAACAGGAAGUGAACUGCCGCCAGAGCUCCGCCUCCUCCCUGCCUUCGGAGUAUAAGAUCAAAAUGGAGGACAAAGACAACCUGUCUCAGACGUCCAAUGAGAGGACAGAGCAACAAGCAGACGGAAACACUAACAAACAAUCAGGAGUGCUCUCUGCCUCCACGCCAGUACUCUCUAGCUUACUAAUCAAGCAGCAACCAGAGGACUCCACCUGUGACAAUCAAGGCAGUGGUAACUCUAUGACACAGCCAAACCAAGACACUCAGAACAACUCUGGACUUAGUAUGGGAUCUCAAACCAUGGAUCCAACUAACAGGGGAGAAGAAGAAGGAGAAGCAUCCAUGUCUACCUUUGAGAUGGACCAGAGUGGGUUGACCCCGGCUCAGCAGGCCCUGUUGGCCCAGACAUUGGGCCAGGCGGGGCCAGGGGGGCACAGACCCCUGCUGCUGGAGGAGCAGCCCCUCCUCCUACAGGACCUGCUGGACCAGGAGAGGCAGGAGCAGCAGCAGCAGAGGCAGAUGCAGGCCAUGAUCAGACAACGCUCCUCUAGUGACUCUUUUUUUCCCAACAUCGAUUUUGACGCCAUCACUGACCCUAUAAUGAAAGCAAAGAUGGUCGCUCUGAAAGGCAUCAACAAAGUCAUGGUUCAAAACAACAUGGGGAUGACACCAAUUGUCAUAAACAGGUUUCAAGCUGGUCCUGCAGCACCAUGUCCUGAAAGCACCCCUGUUCCUCCACAGGCCGCUGGACAGGAUGGCAAGCUGACACCCUCAGUGACAAGGCCCAAUCCUCCCAAUUUUGGACCAGGUUUUGUCAACAAUGCUCAGAGGGCUCAGUACGAGGAGUGGCUCCAGGAGACCCAGCAGCUGCUCCAGAUGCAGCAGAAGUUUCUGGAGGAGAAGAUCGGCGCCCACAGAAAGUCCAAGAAGGCCCUGUGUGCCAAGCAGAGGACGGCCAAGAAGGCUGGAAGGGAGCUCCCUGAGGAGGACGCAGAGCAGCUCAAACACGUGACGGAGCAGCAGGGUGUAGUGCAGAAACAGCUGGAGCAGAUCCGGAAGCAGCAGAAAGAGCAUGCUGACCUGAUCGAGGAGUAUGGUGUGAAACAGCAGCAGGGUGGCAGUGUCAUGCCUCCCACUGUGAUGCCAGCAGCAGUGCCAGGGAUGCCACCAAUACAAGGCGGCCCUGCCGGCAUUGUACCAAGUGGGCCUCCAAUGAACCACCCAUCUAUGAACCACGUGGUGCAGCAGGUGCCAAUCCAUCCAGGCCAGCCAAACGCCCCCCCAAAACGAAUGCCCAUGCCCAACGCACCAGCAGGCUGGCAUCCUGGAGCUCCCAUGCCCAUGGGCGGACCCAAUAUGCCCCCUCAGGUUCCCAUGGGAAACCCAGCUCAGCAGCCUCAACUGCCCAUGGGCAACCUGACUCAGCAGCCCCCACAGAUGCCCCAGCAGAUGCCUCCCCAAAUGCCCCAGCAGAUGCCUCCCCAAAUGCCCCAGCAGAUGCCUCCCCAAAUGCCCCAGCAGAUGCCCAUGGAAAACCAGCCUCAGCCUCAACCCAGCGGGGUCAAACCCCCACAGGGCUCUGGUUUGAAGUUUGACGACAACAACCCGUUCAGUGAGGGCUUCCAGGAGAGAGAGCGUCGGGAGAGGCUGAGAGAGCAGCAGGAGAGGCAGAGGGUCCAACUAAUGCAGGAAGUAGAACGUCAGCGCGCCAUAAAACAACGCAUGGAGAUGGAACAGCAAGGCAUGCUGGGGCCUGACGGGGGGAACAUGGUGCCCCUCUCUCAGAUGCCGUUCUUCAAUGCUGAGCUGCCACAGGACUUCAUGCAGCAGUUAAGACCGAUGUUCCCCCUGCAGCAGCCCAUGCAGCCAGGGAUGGGCUCUCCUCCCGGGACCUUCAUACAAGGCGGAGACCGGAGGGCCAUAAUGGGUAACGGGAUGAUUCCUCAGGACACGGGACCUGGUUUUGGGCCUGAUAACAUGGUACUACAGGGUAACUUCACCCAGGGUCCACCCAGACCCCGGAGGUUCAGCGGCCCAGGCGUGAUGCCACAGAUGCCCGGAGAAGGCCCUCCAUUUGGGGGCGGCAACUCCACCACGCCCCUGCCUUCCAACUUCCCCGGCUCGGGUCAGUCUCUGAUCCAGCUCUACUCCAACAUCAUCCCGGAUGAGAAUGGCAAGAAGAAAAGAAACAGGAAGAAGAAGAAAGACAAUGACGAUGCAGAUUCUGUGAAAACGCCGUCCACGCCGCGCUCUGACCUGACUGCCCCUCUGACGCCCUGCCGGUCAGACACAUCCUCCACACCCACCAGGAACAACGCUCACCUCUUCGGGGACCAAGACCUUUCCAGGUCCCCCUUACUUGGCUCCUCCACCUCUACCCCCAGCCAUAGCCACUCAGAGCUGGAGAGGCAGCUCUCUGGAGGUCUGGGUGGAGGGCUGGGUGGUGUUGGGCAGCCUGUAGGGAUGGGUAGCCUCCCAUCAGACAUCUCCCUAGCCAGGGCCCAAGCUCUGGAGCAGGAGCGCAUCCUCAGCAACAUCAAGCUGGAGCAGACUGAGAGCACCGAGUGCCAUGGACCCAGAGAUGGCACCUCCUCGCACAUGGGCUCAGGGAUGGGCACGGUGAAGGAGGAGGGUGGAGCUGCAGUACAGAGCCCCUCCCACGGCGGGGGAGCAAAAGGGGAAUCUGGGGGUAACAACGAACUCCUCAAACACCUGUUGAAGAACAGGCAGACGCCUCUUAAUGGACCAGGGCUUCCCCACCAACGGUCAGACAAGAGCCUGAGGUCUGAGGAAGAGGAGGCGGAUGCAGACUGCAAGGCCCUGCUGCUAAGGCAGAGCUCCAUGGACAGCAACGGGGCGUACUCAGACGGACAGCUCUCUGGCCUCCCAGAGUUCCCAGGACCACUGCUCACAGGACAGGAGAAAAGGAAAGGCAGGAACAAGAGGAACCCCAAAGGAGGAGAGAGGCCCGCCUCUCGUUACAAGAAGAGGAAGAAAGAAGGGGAGGAGAAGCAACUGGUGCACUCCAGCACUGAUACACUAAUGACCCAGCUCAAACAGCAGAACAAUCUGAGCAACCCCCCCACCCCGCCGGCUUCACUCCCUCCGACUCCUCCACCUGUAAACCGACAGAAGAUGAUCAACGGCUUUGCCACAACAGAGGAGCUAGCCAGCAAAGCUGCUGCCAUGGGUGAGCACUGGGGAGGGUUCAGAGGGUCCAAAAAUCUGGUCUCCAAGCCGCUCCACGUCCCAUUCAGGACAGAGGAGAACCUGCUGGCCCGAGCCAUCGCUCAGGGACCUAAAACUGUGGACGUGCCAGCCUCCCUCCCCACGCCCCCUCACAACAACCAGGAGGAACUCAGGCUUGGACAGGAGCAUUGUAAGGACCGGGACACACCAGAUAGUUUUGUCCCCUCCUCGUCCCCAGAAAGUGUGGUUGGCAUGGAGAUAAGCCGUUACCCAGACCUGUCAUUGGUGAAGGAGGAGCCCCUUUCCCCCGUCCUUCCCAUGCUCCCCACACCCUGGGGGAAAGGAUCAGAGGUUAGGCUGAAGACUGAGCUCAAGACUGAGCCCUAUGGGAUGUUCUUUGGCUCGCAUUUUGGCCCGCCGUCUAACGACAUUAAACCAGGCCUGGUGUCUGUAGCCAUCACCCUGAGACCAGCGGCUGCUGAGAACAUCACAGGUGUGGUAGCUGCCAUCUCAGAACUGCUGUGUGUGAAGAUCCCCAGCAGCUAUGAGGUGAGCAGCACCCCGGGCCCAGACAGGGGGCCCCUGGCCAUGCUCAGCGGCCUGAGGGUGGGCCCCCAAGGAGGCCUGGUGCACCGGCCGGGGGCCCCCAUGAUGUAUCCGGGCCGUGCUGGUGCUGGGGACAUGGGGGGCCCUCACCCUCACGGAGCCCCAGGCCAGCUCAUCAGGCCUGGGGGAGAAGGACCACAACAGAGGAUGAUGAUGCAACAGCAGCAGGGACAUCCACAGCAGCACAUCCGCUUCCAUCCUGAUGGACCAGGUCCAGCUGCACUCAGAGGCCCUCAUCAGAAGACCUCCGGCAGCCCAGGCUCCAAGCCCCAGUGGUGCUGCCACUGUAAGGUGGUGGUGCUGGGAAAUGGAGUCCGCAAGUCCAUCAAAGACCUUCCAGUACACAAACAGGAACAAGAAGGAUUGUUGCGUUCCGAGGGGAACUUGGUCUUCUGCAGCCACAGCUGCUUCCUUCUCUACUCUGCUUCCUCCUCGUCCUCCUCUUCCUCCUCUUCGCAGGACACGGUAGCCCUCCUGUCUCCAGACUCGGACCAGAAAGAGAGCCUGUCGAAAACACAACACCAAUACAGCAACAACAUGUCCUCUCUGGAUGUCCACUGUCUGGCCCAGCUCCAGCUCAAGCAGUCCCCUCCCUCCACCUCACCCAUCCCCUUCCCCCCAGCCAGUGACACCCCUAAGACCCCUAAGACAGAGGCCAAGUCAGACACCAUCAAAGUGACGGUGAAGCUGAAGGCGCGGGGCCCCAGGGCUCAACAGGAGGGCUGGCACCAGGGGAAGAGACACAAGGGUCUCCACUGGAGGAAGUGGACAGUGCAGGUGGUGGUGCCCAGAGGAAGCUCCCAGCUCCCUGACGAGGACCAGAUAGACGAGCUGCUGAGGAAGCUGGGAGCGUCUCUCCGCCCCGGGGCCAGUCUCAGGGACCAGCGCCGCUGCUGCUUCUGUCACCAGCUGGGGGACGGGGUCACCGACGGCCCUGCCCGACUCCUCAGCCUGGACCUGGACGUGUGGGUGCACCUCAACUGUGCCCUGUGGUCCACCGAGGUGUAUGAGACGCAGUCAGGCGCUCUGAUCAAUGUAGAGCUGGCACUGAGGCGGGGUUCGGCGGUCCGCUGUGCCUUCUGCCAGCAGAUGGGCGCCACCAGCGGCUGCCACCGCCUGCGCUGCACCAACGUCUACCACUUCACCUGCGCGCUGCAGGCACACUGCAUCUUCUUCAAGGACAAGACCAUGCUGUGCCACGCCCACCGACCCAGAGGCUCCGCCCACGGUGGCUCUGGCCACGUCCUGGAGCACGAGCUGCGCUGCUUCGCUGUGUUCCGCCGCGUCUACAUCCAGAGGGACGAGGUGAGGCAGAUGGCCAGCGCCGUACAGCAGCCCGAGCUGGGCUACACCUUCAGAGUGGGCAGCCUGGUGCUCUAUGCCGUGGGUCAGAUCAACCCGUCCCAGAUGGCCGCCUUCCACUCGGCCACAGCCAUCUUCCCCGUGGGCUACGAGGCCUGCCGCAUCUACUGGAGCAUGCGCCAUGGCAACCGUCGCUGCCGCUACCUGUGCUCCGUAGAGGAGAGGGAAGAGCAGCCGGAGUUCAGCAUCCGCGUCAUCGAGCAGGGAUACAAGGACCUGGUCCUCACUGACUCCACCGCCAAAGGAGUGUGGGAUAAGGUCCUGGGUCCAGUGGCUGACAGGAGAACUGAAAUAGGAACUUUGAAACUCUUCCCUGUCUAUCUGAAAGGAGAGGACCUGUUUGGGCUCACCGUCUCUGCAGUUACCAAGAUCACUGAAUCGCUCCCAGGGAUAGAGGCCUGUGACAGGUAUACCUUCCGUUACGGCCGUAACCCUCUGAUGGAGCUGCCCCUGAUCUUUAACCCCUCCGGCAGUGCCCGGGCCAUGCCCAAAACCAGCUCCCCAUCCACCGCCGUUGUCAUUAGGCCCCAGCCGGUAUCCAGCACCACCAAUACCUCCUCCAGGUGUCAGAACACAGCCCAGGGGGAGGGUGGUGUACCCCAUACCAAGCCACCCAUGGUGCACCACAGGUCGUCGCAGUACCGCUGGAUGAAAAGUGAGUGGAGGGCCAACGUCUACCUCGCUGCCUCCAAGAUCCAGGGCCUGGGUCUAUAUGCAUCCAGGGACAUAGAGAAACACACCAUGGUGAUCGAGUACAACGGAACUGUCCUCCGCAAUGAGGUGGCCAUCAGGAAGCAAAGGACUUACAAGUCUCAGAAUCGUGGCGUGUUCAUGUUCCGCAUCGACAGUGAACAUGUCGUUGAUUCCAGUCAGACAGGGGGUCUAGCAAGGUACAUCAACCACUCUUGUACCCCAAACUGUGUCGCUGAGGUGGUAACCUUCGAAAGAGGUUAUAAAAUCAUCAUCACCUCCAACCGCAGAAUCGAGAAAGGAGAGGAGCUUUGUUUCGACUACCAGUAUGACUGUGUGGAUGGCCAACACAAGAUCGCCUGUCACUGUGGAACAGCAGACUGCAGGAAAUGGAUCAACUGAGAAAAAAAUAAAAUGACAACAACAAACACAAAUGCAUUCCUUGCCAUAUUAUGCAGAUGCCCUGAUCUCUGUGUAGAAAGAGUGAGGUGCUUCAGACUUUGUUAGAACGAGCAGAAGGCCUGAGUAAACCCUAAGAGUGACGUGUGAAUGGAUUCCCAUGUUUGGAAGCAUAGACUGAAGAUGGACAGAAGGAAAGGGUGUGGAAAGAGGAGAGCAGGAAGAAACAACAGCAGAUAGACAUGUGAUUCGUGCCAUAUUAAGCGAGAGGAUGGGUUUUGAUGGAAGGACUCUGUCAAUGAGUGCAGCAUCUGUGUAUUAUUGAGAUGAUAUACAGUAGGGCACAGAUGAGAAUCCACCAGCGAAUGAGGAGAGCGCACUGUGCAGGGCGUGGACCCUAUUGGUUGUUAAGGGCAGGCCCUUUUGUUUAAAACUUUAAAUGUAAAACCAUUUGACUAAAUGUAGACAUCACUGAAUGGGGAAUGUACAGCAAUGACUACCGCGAAGGGAAUAUUAACUUGCACUAAAAAAAAAAGACACGUACACACAAACUUUAAGAUACUUGAUUCCAUGAGUCAGUUUUAUCAUAGGUUUCUGUCAUGUGAUUUGAGUGAAAUUCGAGAGGGCGUUUUGUAUUUAUUAUUGAAUGAAUGAAUUUUUUUCUCAAAAUGAUGAGACAAUAAAAAGAAGGUUAAACUGAUAUUGUUUUCUGAAGAUUGAAGAAAUUCUGUUACUUGUGUACAAAUGUAUAUAAACAAAAAUAUAGGAAUAACUGACCAAAUACUACCUUAACCUUCUUGAUGUUUGGGUGUUUUUUAAUUAUUAUUUUAUUUUUUGUCAUUGCAGUUUAUUUAAGAAGGCUGUCAUAAUAUCAGUUUCAGAGUAUAUAUUAUGAUUAUUCUGUACAGAAUUUGUAAAAUAACCACAAUAAUUCACAAAGUAUUUUUGUUGUAUUAAAAGUAUGGUAUUGUAGCUUAGUGUUUUUGUGAUUUACACGUACUUUGACCACUCAAAAAGAAAUAUUUUUGGUGACUGAGUGUGGAAAUUAGUUAUUGGUUAAAGAAUAAAAAAUGGUAAAGACAUCAUUCUGACAUCUUUGCUGUUAAUCAGGUUUGAUUUUAUAGAGCUGUGAAAAAGGUUUUAAACCACCCAAACACAAUUUUAACUUCUUUUUAACCCAAAUAUGUGUAGGAAUAUAACCUUGUUUUUUCUGUUUGUUUUUUACGUAGAAAUUGUGUACAGACGUCGUAUGACAUUGCUUACUGCUUCAGGCGUUUGAAAUUAAAGUGUACUGAAAAAAUAAAAUAAUGUUUGUAGCAGAGGAAAAGGUCUGGACAUUUGGUGGUGCUACAUUUUGAAAAGAGAUGACAUUCUACUUAAUCAGAAAUGUAUGUGAUAUUGACACAUCACAAGUCACAUACAGUAGUUAGAAGAUGUUUUGCGAGCACAAUUUCAACUCGACUGUAAAAUAUUGGAGACAGUCUUAGAACUUGUAAUGUAUAUGGCAUGUAUUUUUUUAACUUUCUGAAGACUCAAUUGUAUAUAUUUUCUCAAUGAAUGGUUGUAACAAAAUUGUUUCUUGGAUAUUUUUCUUCUCUUGUAUAAAAUGACAUCAUCCUACCAGUGUUUGUGCAAAAUUUUUCUUGGUCCUGUAGUCUCAAAAUGUUUUUUAAAAUGCAUUUAGAAGUGUACAGAAAAAUGAGGGUUGGAGUUUGGAAUUGAAUUUAGAAGCAUUUACAAAAUAAACUAUUUUACAUCUUAA